AUGAACCCAUCUGAACGUAGUACAUCAAGCAACAGCAAAGAUUACACAAUGACCAUUCCAACACUCCCAGCCCUCGGAUCACUCACACGUCAUAUCGUUCUUGUACCAAAACGCGCCGGCGUUGUCAAGAUCGUCCUUGAAGUUGAAUCGGAAUUCGGUGGUGAUUAUGAAGUUUUAACAAGCUACGUACGUGAAUCAGGUAUUGAACGUCAAGAAAUAGUUGCUCGCGUUUUCGACUUAACCAAUGGCAAGGAAUCAUCUGGUAAAAUUGUUGAAAAAAUGACCCCAUCACCAUUCCUUCGAUCAAUUCGAUUCUCAGUCUCAGGCACUGGUCUCGAUCGUCUCGUUGAACGAUACACAUCUGAAACCAACUCAUUAAUGGGUAUUGACCUUGCUCUCAUUCGUCUCUGGCGUUUAACUGGUCUUGCUCGUUAUCUCAACGAAACAGCACAAUUACAAACACCACUUGCCAUGCAAGUCGCUGGAAAUAUCUCAGCCGCCUACCAAAAACUCCAACUCUAUAACGCUUAUGACGGUUCAUUCUCGUUCAUUUCUGACCAAGGUGAACAAAUCUCAUCACUCUACUUAUCAACAUUCGCUUUCGGUGCUAUCAUGUCACCAUUCAUGACAGUCCGUGACAAUGUUACACUCAACCGUACAUUAUCAUACAUCUUAUCACGCCAACAACAAGAUGGUUCAUUCGAUGAUGAAGGUUCAUGUUUACACUACCGAUUCUGCUCAGGUGAAUUCCGUCGCGAAUCAUUAACAGCUCUUGUUUUAUAUACAAUGACAUACAACAACAUCUCCGAAUACGCACCUGAAUUCAUCCACCGUCAAUUGUACUUGGGUGAACAAAGUCCAGUCGCACGUGCUCAACGUUUCUUAGAAUCACGUUUCGAUGCCGUCAAAUCAUCAGUGUUAACUACAACAUUAAUGCAAUUGGCUCUUAUUCAAUGCCCAGUCAUGCCAGAAGACAAACGCAUGAAAAUCUUCGAAGAUGUUCGUGCUCGUGCUUUGACAACUGUACCUGGCGAUGAAUCACGAUUCUUCAAAUAUACUGAAGAAAACAUGUUACCAGAAGAUGAAGUCUUAGUCAACGCUAUGAUCCUCUCAAUGUACAGUUCAUUCGGUGACAUCAAAACAACAUCAGACAUGGCUCGUUGGAUUGUUGAUCAAAUGGACAAACACCCACAAUACGACACAGUUUUAGAUGCUGUCUUCCACACUGAAGCUUGGCUCCGAACUGACUGUCUCUUCCGUCGACGAUUCUCACCAGAAAAAUUCGCCAUCACCGUCGAUGUUUCAACUGACAAGGGACAAAAACAUCAAUUCAAGAUUGACUCGAAGAACAUGGACAUCACACAAAAACUUCGUUUCACAUUACCAGUCAAUGAAAUCACCUACACAGUCAGUGGCUUCGGUGUUGCCGGUGUUCUCAUUCGUCAAGUUUAUUUUGAAAAACAACAACAACCAAUGAACCCACCAGCUCCAUUCCAACUCAAGAACGAAUUUAUGCCAAUGCCAUGGCUCAGUGAAAUUACCACCCAUACAUGUGUCACCUAUACACCAUCAGUAAAAGACAAACAAUUAAUCAAAGAUACAUUCAACCGCACAAUCGUCGUUGAAGUUCAACUCCCAACAGGUAAAUUUCAAAGACAAAUUGAUCUCUUAUCUAAUCGUGAUAUUCGUUUUUUUUUUCUUUCAUUAGGAACACGUGUCAACCUUCGUCAAAUUGGAUUCUUCUUAAGCCGAGUUCCAGAAAUGAUGUACUUCACAUUUGAUACACGCCUCAACAAAUUCAACUUCUUCCUUACCGUUCCAUCAACCAUGUACGGUAAAGAAAUCUGUUUUGACUGGUGUCUCGAACGUUUAUCAUUCAUUGACCAAUGGGCACCAAUUCGCAUUCGCGUCUACGAUUAUCUUCAACCUGAACAACAAUUAAUUCGUCUUAUGCCCGUCGAAUUUCAACCAAAACUCCUCGGAUACUCAUACGUUGAAGCUAUUCACAAGGCUCGACCAACCCUCGAACAAUUAGCUAAAAUGCAACAAUCGGCACGUCCACCAACACCACCACGUCCAUCACCACCCCGUGUUUAA